AUGGCAUUUUUGUUUAAAAGAAAUCCCAAAACUCCGCCGGACUUGAUCCGUGCGUUGAACGAACAGGUGGUUAAACUUGACCAGACCAUAGAUAACAAAAAAUACCAGGAUGAAGCUGCUAGAUACUUGACUCAGGUGAAGUUGAUCCUCCAUGGAGAUGACGAUAAUGACCCACAACCAGACCAGAUCUCCCAAUUGGCACAGGAAGUCUAUUCUAGCGAUUGUCUUUACCUCUUGAUCUACAGUCUCAAGAAACUCGACUUUGACUCUAGAAAGGACGUGUUGAUAUUGUUUCUGACCUUGUUGAGGAGACAGACGGGUAACAAGCUGCCCACGGUGGACUACUUAAUUAACCACAAGCCAGAAAUCUUAAUCAUGCUAUUGCGAGGCCCGGAAAACCAGGAAAUUGGGUUGAUCCUGGGCCAAAUCUUAAGAGAUUGCAUAAAGUUUGAGGUGAUAAACCGGUUCAUCUUACAUCAUCAGAUAUUCUGGAACUACUUUAAGUAUUGCCAAAUCUCUAUAUUCGAAAUCGCCACUGACGCAUUCACAACAUUACACGAUUUACUAACGAUCCAUAAGAAACUCGUUAGUGAAUUCUUAGCAUCCAACUACGAUACUUUUACUGUUCAGAUCAACCAACUAUUACAACUGAAGAACUACGUUACAAAGAGACAGAGUGUCAGGUUAUUGGCAGAAUUGGUCUUACAAAGACAAAAUCAAUACUUUUUAAACAAAUACUUUGAUGAUACGAAUAACUUGAAGUUGAUCAUGUUACUUUUGAGCGACAAGCUGAAAAACUUACAGAUAGAAGCGUUCCAUAUAUUCAAAUUCUUUGUAGCGAAACCAAAGAAGUCCCAAAAGGUGUUGGAUAUUUUGAUAAAGAACAAAGAGAAUUUCCUAGAAUUGUUCAAGAACUUCGAUAUAACAUAUGCAAACGAUUCCAAUUUGAUAGAAGAACGGGACUAUAUAUUGGGGGAGAUUCAAAAAUUACCAGAUAUAGACAAAAUUAGAGCUGCAUAG